CACGAUCUCACCUUAGCUUAUCUGCACUUUAAACUCUUUACUAACGCACUCUUGAUCCAUUUGAAGCAGAUUACCGACAGAUUGGAUUGACAAGACCAACACCUAGAUUCGACUCCAUCGUGAAACCUUCAUUUCGUCCAAUACAGCAUCUCACUUAUCGUCGAGGAACCUCACGUAAUGAAGUCGAUCGGCAUCUUCCCUGGCUCAGGAGGCCUAGGUGGCAGUACCUACGAUUAUCUCUUAAAACUCCUCCCUAACGACCACAUCAUCCUCAUCAACCGCCACCCAGAACGAGUACCCCAAGAACACAUCAAGAACGGUUUACGCGCACGCAAGGCGUCAUACGAGUCGAGCCCCUCCGAUCUCGAGGCCGUCUUUGCCGGCAUCGAGGUGCUCUUCCUCAUCUCCUACCCAAGUCAUGUGCAUGAGUACCGCAAAAAGGUUCAACUACCUGUCGUUGACGCAGCUCGUCGCGCAGGCGUGAAACACCUUUUUUACAGCUCUCUAGCCUUCGGCGGCGACCUACAAGACGGUUCCGCAGCGGAGGUAAUGCAAGCCCACCUCUCGACGGAGCGCCACCUAGCCUCCGCCGCGGCAUCGGACCCGAGCUUCACCUACACCUCCAUCCGCGAGGGUCUCUACUCAGAAUCAUAUCCAAUCUACACCUCCUUCUUCGACAUAAACUCUCCGUCCUCUUCGAACGAGAUCCUCAUUCCGCACGACGGCGCCGGCCCGGGCGUGGCAUGGGCGAAGCGCAGCGAGUUGGGGGAGGCGACGGCGAAGCUCAUCGCGCAGUAUUCCUGGGACCCAGAUCAAUUCCCCCACGUCAAUAAAAAGGUCCUACUCACGGGUCCGCGGGUCUGGUCUCUUGAGGAGACGGUGAGAGUACUUGGGCGGGCUGUCGGGAGAAAUGUGAGGAUCCGCGAGGUGAGCGUGGAUGAGUACGUGAAGCUGCCGCAGGUUGUGGCGAAGUUCGGAUCGGUGGAGAAGGCGAGGACGUGGGCGACUGCAUGGGAGGCGAUUCGGGCAGGGGAGACUUCUGUUGUGUCGGAGACGUUGAGGGAGAUCAUCGGGCGGGACCCGGAGGAGUUUGAUGUCACGAUACAGAGGUUGAAGCAAGCAUGAGAGUAGGGAGGUGGUUUGGAGUGACUCUUGCGAUGACCUAGAUGGGAUUACAGAUGCGAAUGGUUUUGUGAGCGUCACGUGGGCUGCGACAAAUGGCUAGCCAUUCCCGAACAUAGACUCUGGGAGAUGCCGUGGCCACGGGAUGGAGGGGCUUGCGCACGGGAAUUUCGACGAACAUUUCUGUGCGGCGUUUGGUCGAGCCAAGUGCAAUUUAGGUGGUUGUCGGGCAAGACAGAGAUUGGGAUUGACAGCGAGAGGGAGUUGGCUUUGGACUCGAAGGGGAGAGAAGGACAGAGAGAGAAGAGGAGCAUUAGGAGGGCGCUGGAUUCUUCGGAUGAUCUUCGGCGCUAGCGCCCUUCAAGAGCAGGUUCACAGCCCACAACUUUCAAUAAUGGGCGAUUGGUUUAGUGGUAUAAUGACCGCUUAGCAUGCGGUAGGUCCUGGGUUCGAUUCCCAGAUCGUCC